AUGCUAAAAUUUAUUAUUCUUUCCACUAUCAUUGUUGCAACAAUUGGUGAAAUUCAACUAGGAUGCAGCAGUGGUACUCUGCCGAUAUCUGAUAAAGGGUGUCAACCUGGAUACACUGCAACUAAAGAUGGUUGUUGUAAAGAUUCGGAUGUAUUCAUUGUAACUCCAUCUACAACUGCUAUUCCCACAACCAUCACCACUGCACCUCCAUGUAAAGACAAAGUCAAUCCAUCCACUGGUGUUAGUGACUGUCCAAACAGAAAAUAUUUGUGCACGGAUCCAACCUAUAAGAAAGUCAUGAGGGAUCAGUGUCCAAAGACUUGUGGAUUCUGUACAACUGGACCAACCACAACUCCACCUGCCUGCUCGGACAAGAUCAAUCCAAAUACUGGGGUCAGUGAUUGCCCGAAAAAGAAAUAUUUAUGUACAGAUCCAAGUUACAAAGGAUUAAUGAAGGAUCAGUGUCCAAAAACAUGUGGAUAUUGUUAA